AUGUCGAGUAGCCCUUUUCCGUAUACAUGUGAGCUAUGUGGUGCAGAAGGCCUUACAGACGAAGGCAUGAGGUCGCAUACUCUCGAAGCGCAUGUAGCAGGGCGACCAGAUUGCCCCUUUUGCGAUUGUACAGUGCCUCAACCACAGUUAGUGGGGCACGUACAAAGAGCACAUUUACAUUAUUUGACACCUGAAAGGGAGCUAAUGGCAUUUAUUGAUGAUCAAAGCCCAAGCUUUGAGGAUGACUCUAAAAUGACAACAACAGAUAGUUGUAGCUAUAACACUCCAGGGUCAAUUAACGGCUGGCAUAGCCCAGAUACGGCUACGUCCUACCAUAAUGGUGCCAUAUCAAAAACUUAUUAUAAUGGCUUUCAAGAAAAAGAAUAUCAUAGGAGUGAAAGAGAUGACGAAAAGUAUUCACGAUCACCUAAAAACAUUAAUCUAACUAAUGGAUUAAAAAAUAUUAAUAUAAAUAAUGGUGUUAUUCCGAAAAAGAAAUGCAGUAGAGAGAAUUCCAUCGAGCGAGAUAUGAUCAAUGGACGUGAUAAUAAAGCUGUACAUUCCAGUUCAAAUCAUAAUAGUAAUGAUAAUUCUCCAAAUAAAAAUAAGCUAUCGAUGGCAAGUGCUGGUCAAGGGUCCCCUCUAAGAUCACAAUUAGCCCUUAAACUUAAAUCUAAUACGCCUAAGAAAUCUGCACCUACACCCAGUCCUACAGUACAGUGUCUUCUAUGCGACUUUACUUCAACAUGUCCACGAAAGUUAGAAGAGCACAUAAACAGAGCUCAUUUCGACCUUACUUCACCAUCAGUAUUGGGGAACGUUAAUGAUAACUCCAAUAUUACCAACAACCCAACGUUGGGUUUAACAAAUGCAACUUUAACCCUAGAUAAUCCAACGUUAGCUUUAACUGCAAUGGCUAUGUCUCCUGGACCUCAUACUUCCUCCUAUCAGUGCCCAAUUUGUGAGCGCGAGUUCUCAAAUGCGACAGAAGUAGAAGUACAUGUUAAUGUUGAACAUAAAGAUAUUUUGAGCCCUCAGAAAUCUGACCAAAUGGAUAAUGCGUCAUGUGAUGAUGUAGUGAUGAUGGAAGAGAGUCCUGUCAGUAACUGUCCUGUUUGCUGCCAGCCAUUGCCUUUAUCUCAGCAUGAAUUGAUUCAACAUAUAGAAGAACAUUUUGAAAGAGGUGAAGACAGUGGGUCAGCAACUUUAACAGCUGCUGAAAGAGAAGCUCAAAGAAAUAGAGAGGAACACGAAUUCCAAUUACUUAGGGCCCAAUAUGGUAUGGAAGAAGAUGAAGAAGGUUACACAAGUAGAGCAGCUUCAAGUUUGAAGCGAGCGGUGUACAGUGGAGCCCUCUCCGUAGCUGGAUAUUACGAACGCAGUGUAGGUCUCCGUAAGGCCACUGCUCAGGGAUUAGAUGCAGGAUGUUCGAAGACUAAUGGUAUUCUGGAAAGGAUAGCUCAAUUGAAUGCUCAGAACCCAAGCAUAGCGAAGACAUACUUAUGCAGUGCAGUGGAUCACUAUGCCAGUACAUAUGGCGAUAGAGGAUGGGGGUGUGGAUAUAGGAACAUGCAGAUGGUGCUGUCGUCGCUGGUGCGGCACGCGCCGUACGCGGCGCUGCUGGGCGGCGUGGCGGAGCGCGAGUACGACUGCGUGCCCUCCAUCCCCAGCCUGCAGCUGCUGGUGGAGCGCGCCUGGCAGCUGGGCUUCGACACACAGGGCUCAGAGCAAUUAGGCUGUAAGUUGCACAACACGCGAAAAUGGAUCGGCGCCUGCGAGGUCGUCACUGUACUGUCUUCAUUAAGGAUAAGAUGUCAACUAAUAGAUUUCCACAAGCCGACGUCGUCGGACGGCAGCCACCCGGCGCUGUUCGACUGGGUGCUCCGGUACUUCCAGAACGACCCCAACUCCUUCAAACCACCGCUGUAUUUACAACAUCAAGGUCAUUCUAGAACAAUAAUAGGUUAUGAGAAGCACAAAGAUGGCAAAGCGACUUUACUCGUGUUGGACCCCUCUCAUUCGCCAGCUCAAGUGCGGCAGGUGGUGUGCGGCGGCGCGGCGGCGGGCGCGGCGGCGCUGCGCCUGCUGCGGCGCGGCGCCUCCGCGCUGCGCGCCAAGCAGUACCAGCUGCUGUGCGUCAGCGGCGUCAUGGCCGGCGACGCCGAGUACCAGGCUAGCAAAGUAUUGCAGUCGGUGCGUAUCCCU